AGCUGUCUCCCUUUCUCUGAAUCCGGCGCGGGUAGGCAGCGACUACGGUAAUGGAGGCGGGUGCAAUUCCUGAGGGUGGGUUGGAGAAAAAACUGCCUUUAUCAGAAGAUGGUGAUUCCAACAAUGGCAUCUACACAUGCUUCAUGAAGUCACAUCGCUGUUAUGACCUCAUUCCAACAAGCUCCAAGCUUGUUGUAUUUGACACAUCUCUGCAGGUGAAGAAAGCCUUUUUUGCAUUGGUGACCAAUGGGGUGCGGGCUGCUCCACUCUGGGACAGCAAAAAGCAAAGCUUUGUGGGUAAGGACCUUCUUGCUUCGUCUUCUUACCCUGCCUUCCCCCUCCCGCUGCCCAGGGUGCCCUCUUCACACCUCUUUUUUUCCCUCACAGGGAUGCUUACAAUCACAGACUUCAUCAAUAUCCUUCAUCGCUACUAUAAAUCAGCCAUGGUGCAGAUUUAUGAGCUGGAAGAGCACAAGAUUGAAACAUGGCGAGAAGUCUACUUGCAGGACUCCUUCAAGCCACUGGUCUGCAUCUCACCCAAUGCCAGCCUGUUUGAUGCUGUGACUUCAUUGAUUCAAAACAAGAUCCACCGGCUACCUGUCAUAGACCCUGACUCGGGCAACACACUGUAUAUCCUGACCCACAAGCGCAUCCUCAAAUUCCUCAAGCUGUUUAUUGCCGAGUUCCCUAAGCCAGAAUUCAUGUUGAAAACCCUGGAGGAGUUAAAGAUUGGUACUUACGACCACAUCGCAAAGGUCCAGACCAGCACGCCUGUCUAUGUUGCGCUGGGCAUCUUUGUACAGCAUCGGGUCUCUGCAUUGCCUGUGGUGGAUGAUUCAGGCCGGGUUGUGGAUAUUUACUCCAAGUUUGAUGUCAUUAACCUGGCAGCAGAGAAAACCUACAAUAAUCUGGAUCUGACAGUGACUAAGGCAUUGCAGCAUCGCUCGCAGUACUUUGAAGGUGUGCUGAAAUGUUACAAGCAUGAGACUUUGGAGACAAUAAUCAACAGACUAGUAGAGGCCGAGGUUCAUCGGCUGGUUGUGGUAGAUGAAAACAACGUGGUGAAGGGCAUCAUCUCCCUCUCCGAUAUUCUGCAGGCCCUAGUGCUGCCUGGGGAUCAGAAGCCCCCACUGCAGGAGGGCUGAGUCUACCUGUUGGGCCUGAAACAUGGCAGAGCUGUCCUUCCUUCAUCACUCUUUUGGCCAAACAACUGCAGCGUAAAGGAGGCCAUGUGGUCUACUUACAAGCCAAUCCCCCUGGAGUUGGCUCUCCCUCUUGGCUCUCCCUCUUCAAAUGUUGGUUUCCGGAAGCUUCGAGGCCUACUGUUCCUUUGAUUUAGAAGCACUGGUUUUGAACUCAGAAUGUAGCCUCAGUUAGAUAACACUGGCCAUUUUUGGAUGGGAAGAGCAUGUGUCAGGCUUCCUGAUGGAGUGUGAAAUAACCAUGUAUGGACACAAACACAAAACUAUAAAAAUCCAGGAUACAAUCUUUGGGGAAUCUAAUUCUGAGCUUAAGUUAAAACAAAAGUGAGAUACCUGGCAGUUCUUCCAUGUAUUGGUGUGCACACCCUUUGCAUGUCAUGUGCAUCUAAGAAAUGUGUAUAAAAGAGUGGGAAUCCCUUUCUGAGUGUCACUGCAGUCUCCAUCAAGUGAUAUCCUCUCCUUCUGAGACUCCCUGAUAGGCAUGCUUUCUGCUACCCAGCUCCCGUCACUCACAGUGCCCUCCCCUGCAGCAGAACCAAACUUUGCUUUAGAGGUUCCAAAUGGAGCAAAUUUCAUCACUGGAGCUGAAAAUCCCUUUCUGAGCCAGGGUGGUGUGACAGUGUUUGGCUGCCUUCAGCAUUUGAAUCUGCUGAUCCGUGCAGGGAAAGGCCUCAUUUAUCUUCUCUCUCAAUACUUCCCUGUGAGAGGACUACAGACAGAAAUGCCCUGGUCUGGAAAUGUUUUGGUCUUGCUUCCAACACAGAAAGGUGAAUUUGUUGGGAAUCUGUGCCUGUUUUCCCUUACCAAAGUGAAAUGUCUUCCCCCAUUGUAAAAAUUUGCCUUGCCAAUGAUGCCACCUCUUUUGCACGUUCCUAUAUUGCUUUACUUUCCAGGUAAACUGUACAAUAUAUAUUUUUGUAAAGUUGUAUUUCCUAUCUCCAUUCCUCUGUCCAUACUUUUCUUAUUUUUCAAGGAGAAAACUUUCAGGAGUUCUUUGUGUCACCUCAACACGGACUUGAGAGUAUGUUUGGUAAUUAUUUCAGGUCCAUGGAGAGGAGUUAACCCUAAGCCUGAAAACCCUUCCUUUGAUUAUUUACUACAUUUUUGAGAGUCUGUACUUAACAAAAGAUCAGUCUGAAAUUUCAA